AUGGGGGUGCUGGCGCUUCUCUGCUGCCUACUGCGGGCCGGCAGCACCGCCCUCCUGGAGCCUGCAGGCACCCGGCUUGGGGAGGAGGGCGGCGGCGGUGGUCCGGGCCGCCGUCCGUGGGACGGAGGCGGCCGGGAGAAAGAAGCGGCGGCGGCGGCCCUCCGGGAAAGUGCUAAAAGAAUUAGAUUACUGAAUUCAUCACCAAAAGAUAAUACAACUGCUUUCUACGGGAUAAAUCAGUUUUCUCACCUGUUUCCUGAAGAGUUCAAAGCUAUUUACUUAAGAAGCAUACCUCACAAACUUCCCAGAUACAUAAAAGUGCCAAAGGGAAAGGAAAAACCUUUGCCAAAGAAGUUUGACUGGAGGGACAAGAAAGUCAUUGCAGAAGUGAGAAAUCAGCGAACAUGUGGAGGCUGCUGGGCUUUCAGUGUUGUGGGUGGUAUAGAGUCUGCCUAUGCAAUUAAAGGAAAUAAACUGGAAGAACUCAGUGUACAGCAGGUUAUUGACUGUUCAUACAAUAAUUACGGCUGCAGCGGGGGAUCCACUGUUAGUGCUUUGAGCUGGCUGAACCAGACAAAAGUAAAACUUGUGAGAGAUUCAGAAUACACUUUUAAAGCUCAGACAGGACUGUGCCAUUAUUUUGGUCGCUCAGAUUUUGGAGUUUCAAUAACAGGAUUUGCUGCAUAUGACUUCAGCGGUCAGGAAGAAGAAAUGAUGAGGAUGCUUGUUAACUGGGGCCCUUUGGCAGUAACAGUAGAUGCGGUUAGCUGGCAGGAUUAUCUUGGUGGGAUCAUACAGUACCACUGCUCCAGUGGAAGAGCAAAUCAUGCUGUUCUAAUAACUGGUUUUGACAGAACAGGUAGUAUCCCUUACUGGAUUGUGCAGAACUCUUGGGGGCCUACGUGGGGAAUAGAUGGCUAUGUUCGUGUUAAGAUAGGCGGCAAUGUCUGUGGUAUAGCAGAUAUAGUUUCAUCAGUAUUUGUUUGACACUUACUGGCCAAAGACCAUGAUUAUUGUUUGGAUAAUAGUUUGGCACACACUUGAUGUGAAGAUUUACUUCAAAGCAACAUUUUAUAAAAUAAGAAAUGACUGUAAGGGCAAUUCCUGCUUUUAGACAGUACAGGAAUGGGUUGGCUGGAGUUUUUAAAAGUGUUUUUAUUUGGAAUGUGCAUUGAGUAUGAAAUCUCGUGGAAUAAGAAGACUCGAAAUCAGCUGGAGAGGAUGCAAAAAGAAGUUACAAAAAUGGACUGAAACUGUGAAUGUGAACUCUAUCCAAGUGUUGAAUACUACUCCAUAAAAAAAACUUCCAAGGAAAGAAGUGAUGAAAAAUGAUAAGGAAUUUCGGUCAAAUAAUCAAUAGUAUGACAACAUACAAUCAAAAUGCUUUGGAUAUAAGAAGAACCAUAAUUAGGUCUGCUUUUACUUGGUGAGGAGGAAGGGCAGAUGGAAGAAAAUAUUAUCUCUGUUUUGCUUUGAUACCUGUCUAGCACCUCUGACAGACACACACAUUUUGUCUUCCUCCUUUUUGUGAAAUCCUACUUUAAAGCUAGAAUAAUAGAAGAAGGAAAUGGAGAGUCAAAGUUGU